GACAGUAAGGAGUGUACCACUCCUCAGAUGCAACUUAAUCUAGCACUCUAUACUUAAAAGUUUUUAAACGUUUAUAGAAAUCAGAUUACUACUUCUGCAGAACAACAUCUUACUAGUAAAAAGAACAGCCCACAUGAAGGAAAACUGAUUUGGUGGAAAGACAACAAAAAUAAGACAUGGGAAAUAGGGAAGGUGGUAACGUGGGGGAGAGGUUUUACUUGUGUUUCACCAGGAGAAAAUCAGCUUCCUGUUUGGAUACCCACUAAACAUUUGAAGUUCUACAAUGAACCCAUCAGAGAUGCAAAGAAAAGCGCCUGCACAGAGACGGAAGCACUGCAAUCGAGCAGCAUCAACUCACAAGAUGAACAAAAUGGUGAUGUCAGAAGAACAGAUGAAGUUGCCAUCCACCAAGAAGGCAGAACCGCCAACUUGGGCACAGUUAAAGAAGCUGACACAGUUAGCUGAAAAAAGCCUAGAGAACACAAAGGUGACACAAACUCCAAAGAACAUGCUGCUUGCAGCUUUGAUGAUUGUAUCAAUGGUGGUAAGUCUCUCCAUGCCUGCAGGAGCAGCUGCAGCUAAUUAUACCUACUGGGCCUAUGUGCCUUUCCUGCCCUUAAUUCGGGCAGUCACAUGGAUGGAUAAUCCUAUUGAAAUAUAUGUUAAUAAUAGUGCAUGGGUACCUGGCCCCACAGAUGAUCAUUGCCCUGCCAAACCUGAGGAAGAAGGAAUGAUGAUAAAUAUUUCCACUGGGUAUUAUUAUCCUCCUACUUGCCUAGGGAGAGCACCAGGAUGUUUGAUUCCGGCAAUCCAAAAUUGGUUGGUAGAAGUACCUACUGUCAAUACCAGCAGUAGAUUUACUUAUCACAUGAUAAGUGGAAUGUCACUCGGGCCACAGGUAAAUUACUUACAGGACUUUUCUUAUCAAAGAUCAUUAAAAUUUAGACCUAAAGGGAAACCUUGCCCCAAGGAAGUUCCCAAAGGAUCAAAAGACACAGAAGUUGUAGUUUGGGAAGAAUGUGUGGCCGAUAGUGCGGUGAUAUUACAAAACAAUGAAUUCAGAACUAUUAUAGAUUGAGCACCUUGAGGUCAAUUCCACCACAAUUGCACAGGACAAACUCAACCGUGUCCCAGUGCACAAGUGAGUCCAGCUGUUGAUAGUGACUUAACAAAAAGUUUAGAUAAACGUAAGCACAAAAAAUUACAGUCUUUCUACCUUUAGGAAUGGGGAGAAAAAGGAAUCUCUACUCCAAGACCAAAAAUAAUAAGUCCUAUUUCUGGUCCUGAACAUCCAGAAUUAUGGAGGCUUACUGUAGCCUCAUACCGCAUUAGAAUUUGGUCUGGAAAUUGAACUAUAGAAACAAGAGAUCAUAAGCCCUUUUAUACUAUUGACCUAAAUUCCAGUCUUACAGUUCCUUUACAAAGUUGUGUAAAGCCCUCUUACAUGCUAGUUGUAGGAAAUAUAGUUAUUAAACCAGACUCCCAAACUAUAACCUGUGACUAUUGCAGAUUGUUUACUUGCAUUGAUUUGACUUUUAAUUGGCAGCACCGUAUUCUGCUAGUGAGAGCAAGAGAAGACGUGUGGAUCCCUGGGUCCGUGGACUGACCGUAGGAGGCCUCGCUGUCUGUCCAUAUUUUGACUGAGGUAUUAAAAGUCAUUUUAAAUAGC